AGCAUUGUCAGAGAACAGUAUGACAUUUACCAGAGAGACAGCUAAUGUUAUAGCUCAGAGGUUUUUAGACUGGAAUCUGAUAGCUGAUGUAGAAGGGGAAUCUGUCAGGGGAAGAUGUAGCCCAUCUGGAAGUUUUGACGAGUUCCAGUUUCCAGACAUGACUAUACAUGUAACUGCCAGUGGUUCAGAAUCAAGGGAACGGCCAUUCUCCCGUGGUAGUAAUGAUAGUACUCCACAGGCCACACCACGUGCCACACCAAAACCUGGGCUUAGGGCUUCUCUCAGGGCACUAUCCAGACAGUCAGGGCUAAAGUCGAUUACCCCGGGAGUGAAAUAUUCCGAUAGAUUUGUUACUUCAUCAAGGUCACACAGAACUACUGAAUCUGACAGAAAUACAAGAUUGGAGCAGUCAUUUUCGGGAAUAGUGCAAUCUGGGAAAGGUGCAAUGAAUUCUGGGAUUGCAGACAAGCAUAAACACAGUGAAAGUACCACAGAAAAUGACAUUGGUGAAAACACACAGGAAAAAGAAGAUAGGGGUCUUCUAGAUUCCUUAGAACCUGCUUCAUUGGACAGCGAUGCCACGCAGAGACAAACUUCCGCAGAUUUUGAUCCAUACUUAAUGCGAGGUACCGGUACUCCUUUAUCAUUAACAUCAGCAGUAUCAAUUGAUUCCAGAAGUGCUAUCUUUUUUGAAUCAAGUGAUAACUUUUACUAUGUUUGUCCAUAUAUUGGAGAUGAACAAGACCCAACCUGGUCAAAUUAUGAACUGUUUCACCUGGUUGAAGAGUGUUUUCAGAAAAAAGUGACUGCAGACUAUAUUUUAAGAAUUAUUUACAGCAGAAGAAAGUAUGAUUCACAAGCUAGGGCAUUUCUGAAAUCUUCACCUGCUGAUGUGAUAGAAAAAAUCAGGUUUGGAACUCCGCAGGAAGAAGUACCGAGGUGUGUCAGUAGUUAAAGAUGUAUGUUAAAAGUAAAUGUAUUCUAAAGCAAUAAGAAAUGGCACAUCACAUCAGAGAAAUAAAAAUAUGCAGAAAUGCAACUAAAACAUCACAGAGCUAGGUCUCUUUUUAGCUCACCUGUCACAAAGUGACAAGGUGAGCUUUUGUGAUCGCGCAGCGUCCGUCGUCCGUGCGUAAACUUUUGCUUGUGACCACUCUAGAGGUCACAUUUUUCAUCGGAUCUUUAUGAAAAUUGGUCAGAAUGUUUACCUUGAUGAUAUCUAGGUCAAGUUCGAAACUGGGUCACAUGCGGUCAAAAACUAGGUCAGUAGGUCUAAAAAUAGAAAAACCUUGUGACCUCUCUAGAGGCCAUAUAUUUCUCAAGAUCUUCAUGAAAAUUGGUCAGAAUGUUCACCUUGAUGAUAUCUAGGUCAAGUUCGAAGCUGGGUUACGUGCCGUUAAAAACUAGGUCAGUAGGUCAAAUAAUAGAAAAACCUUGUGACCACUCUAGAGGUCAAAUUUUUCAUGGGGUCUUUAUGAAAAUUGGUCAGAAUGUUCACCUUGAUGAUAUCUAGGUCAGGUUCGAAACUGGGUUACGUGCGGUCAAAAACUAGGUCAGUAGGUCUAAAAAUAGAAAAACCUUGUGACCUCUCUAGAGGCUAUAUAUUUUACAAGAUCUUCAUGAAAAUUGGUCAGAAUGUUCACCUCGAUGAUAUCUAGGUCAGGUUCGAAUCUAGGUCACGUGCCAUCAAAAACUAGGUCAGUAGGUCAAAUAAUAGAAAAACCUUGUGACCUCUCUAAAGGCCAAUUUUUUCAUGGGAUCUGUAUGAAAGUUGGCUGAAUGUUCACCUUGAUGAUAUCUAGGUCAAGUUUGAAACUGGGUCACAUGCGGUCAAAAACUAGGUCAGUAGGUCUAAAAAUAGAAAAACCUUGUGACCUCUUUAGAGGCCAUACUUUUGAAUGGAUCUUCAUAAAAAUUGGUCAGAAUGUUCAUCCUGAUGAUAUCUAGGUCAAAUUCGAAACUGGGUCACAUGCCUUCAAAAAGUAGGUCAGUAGGUCAAAUAAUGAAAAAACCUUGUGACCUCUCUAGAGGCCAUAUUUUUCAUGGGAUAUGUAUGAAAGUUGGUCUGACUGUUCAUCUUGAUGAUAUAUAGGUCAAGUUUGAAACUUGGUCAGCUGCGGUCAAAAACUAGGUCAGUAGGUCUAAAAUUACAAAAAUCUUUUGACCUCUAGAGGCCAUAUUUUUCAAUAGAUCUUCAUGAAAAUUGGUCUGAAUGUUCACCUUGAUGGUAUCUAGGUCAGUUUUGAAACUGGGUCACAUGCGGUCAAAAACUAGGCCAGUAGGUAUAAAAAUAGAAAAACCUUGUGACCUCUCUAGAGGCCAUAUUUUUCAUGAGAUCUUCAUGAAAAUUAGUGAGAAUGUUCACCUUGAUGAUAUCUAGGUCAAGUUCAAAACAGGGUCACUUACCUUUGAAAACUAGGUCAAUAGGUCAAAUAAUAGAAAAACCUUGUGACCUCUGUAGAGGCCAUAUUUUUCAAUGGAUCUUCAUGAAAAUUGGUCAGAAUUUUUAUCUUGAUGAUAUCUAGAUCAAAUUCAAAACUUGGUCACAUGAGCUCAAAAACUAGGUCACUAUAUCAAAUAAUAGAAAAAACGACGUCAUACUCAAAACUGGGUCAUGUGGGAACAGGUGAGCGAUUCAGGACCAUCAUGGUCCUCUUGUUUUCAGUAGGUGUUACUUGCUAAAUUAUGAAAUCCGUGACUUGCAUUUCUGUGUACUGUUAGUUUUUGCAUUAAUCCAUGUCUCACAGGUGUUAGGUGGUCAUGUAUUGCACAACACACAGUACCACAUCAGUUUCGUGAAAAGGACAUCGUAUAAUACUCAAGCCUGUCCCUUACAGAUAUAUAAUCUAUCUAUAUGUAUCAUGUAAAGAAUAUAUCACCUGAAACAGCAAAAGCGUUUUUUAUGCUCAAAGGUGUAUCAGUAGAACCUGAAAAUUCUUACAAAGGCUGCAUGACAAUAUUUUUAGAGAAAAGCAGGUGCAGUUGCAAAUAAAAAGUUUUGAUUUUGAUGUUUGUAAACAGAUUUUAUUGUUGGAAAUUGUAGUUUUCAUGUUUUAAUGAUAUUUUAGAUGAACCUUUAUAUAUCCCUUACUUUUAUUAAGAUUUUGUUACACAGAGAUUAUUUAUUGUAAAUACAUUUGAUAUCUCCGACUGUGAUAAAAAAUAUUUUAUUAUGUACUUAUUAAUCAUUUCAUGAAGUUUGUCAAGUUCCAGUCCCCAUGAGUCUAAUAUUUUUUCCAAAAGAACAAAGACUUACAGGGUAUAAUUUUGCUACAUGACAAGAUAUUUUACAAAAACCAAGGAAAAGUUGAAAUAAGGAGCUGCAUUUUCAAUGCAAUAUGCCCCCAGGGGUAUGACCAAAGAUGUUGUCUGAGGUUUAAAGUUAAAGGUGAAGAUCAUAUGGAGGUCAAGAUCAUCUAUAGAUCAGUUUGUAGGUCUUGCCACAAGGUUUGUUAAUACAAGUAUGAGGUAAAUUUGGAGUAUGAAGUAAAUUGGGUCAUUCAUGUGGGCUGUAGGACCAAAAAUGUUGCUCAUUUAGGUUUUAGUUUGAAGGUGAGUCAUAUGAGGGUCAAGGUCAUUUAUAUAUAGGUCAAUUUUUAGGUCUUGCCACAGGGUUCAUUGAGUGGGAGUAUGAACUUAAUUAGGUCAUUUAAUAUGUGGGCUGAAGGACCAAAAAUGUUGUUUAUUAAGGUUUGAAGGUGAAGGUCACAUGAGGGUCAAGGUCAUCUAUAUAUUGGUCAGUUUGUAGGUAUUACCACAAGGAUUGUUGAAUGGGAAUACGAACUAAAUCAAAUCAUUAAUGUGGGCUGUUUGUAAUUUGGUUCGUACGGACGGAGAGAAGGACAGUUCAAUUGCUAUAUGCCGGAGGGCAUAAAAAGCUACGUAUAUUUUACUGCCAUGCCUGUUACUACAAACCAGUCAACCAGUCCAAAUUUGAAUAUUGAUAUUUAUAUAAACUGUGUUAUUUCAUGCCAAGCUACGAGGAUAUAUGCUUACUGAAAAAUUUUACUCUGUUAAUAAACAGCUCUGAAAUGUUUAUUCUCUGUAGUGUUGAUUGUUACACAGUUUGUUUCAAUUUAUUAUUUUUCUCUUUUAAAAUAUUUAAUUUCAGAUUCUCUACAAAUACAUCAUAAGAUUAGAAUGAAAUUGUACUCAAGCAGUUUAUCAGAUUUGAUUUUAGAUAUAUUUUUUUUUAUUGUUUUCUGUGCAGUCAUUUUACUUUCUAGCUAUUUGGUCUAAGUAGUAUAACAUAUUACAUACAUUGAAAGGCUUGGUGGUUGACAGUAAAAAAUAUUGACCCCGAGUUCCAAUGGCAAUUUAUCUACUGAUAAGAAGCAAUGUAAUAGUUUUGAUUACUACACAUCUUACCGGUAUAUAAGUAUUUUAAAAUCUGCCAGUCCAUAGUUUGUGCUAUAGACUGGUCUAUAGUUCAACACUGGUUUGCUGGGCUAUAGUCAGAAAUAGAGAAAAAAAAAACAACCUGGAAAUUAAAUUCCAAUGAAAUAAAAUAUUUAUUGAAUGGCUAGGCCUAGUGAUAGCUUGCCAUUUAAGUCAAAACUAUUUACUUUUGAACCUUUAAUUUAUUCAGUAAAAAGACAGUUCAGGUCCUUAACAAGACCAUAAUAUUUAGAAUUCAGUGGAGCGAUACAAGCUUAUUAUUUAGAUCGAUAUAGGCCUUCUUUCUUAAAAUUCCAAAUAAAAUGUCAGAAAAAGGAAUAAGGUUAGACAAUCGUGGAAUUUUCUUGCAACUGAUAUCUACUCCUGAUAAAUGUAUUGAUCACUGUGCAAUAUUGUUUUGGCUUUAAUUCUUUUAUUAUCUAUCCUAACAUAUCAUAAUUGUUUAGAUAUUUGCUAUAUGUGUAUGAAAUAUAUAUUUAAGCAUUUUACGUACUUUACUAUGGUGCUGACUUUAAAGAUUCUUUGCAGCAAAGAAAUCACAGAUUUUUAAAUUGAUCUUUGGAUCAAAUUAUGUGACUUCAUUAGAAGAACAUUUGGAAUGUUCUUUUUAACCCUUAUCAUGCUGUACACGAUUGAUUCUGUCUUUGCGACCAGUGGAGAUCAUGAUUAACCUGCACAUCCAUGCAGUCUGGUUAUGAUCUGCACUGUUCGCCAUUCAGUAAGUAUAUUUUUGGUGAGCACCCCUUUUAACAGUCAUUGGUACUUUCCAAAUUGAAAGAUGGACAAGUUCAUUAUAGAAAUUUAGCAGGGUAAGGGUUAAUGUAUCAUAAAGAAUGUUGAUUUUAUCUAGACAAAGAAAUUACCAUGCAUAUUACUUAUAAUUACAUGACAAGACUUACUUUCACCAUUUAACUUUUUCAUAUUUUCUGUAAUACAACAUUUUUUUAAUUUUAAAAUAGUGUUUUACAUCUGUAACAUUUUGGAACAACAAUGUGUUAAAGAAGUUUUUUUGUGAAGUUGGGUAUGAAAAUAAUAUUGUACAUUUUCUUCUUAUUAGUGAUGUUCUAUUGCUCAAUAUGUUAUUAGAUAUUAAUAAGUUAAAUUUUAUAUUUAUUAUGUUGAAAUUAUCUGGAAUUACUUAAAAUAAAUCAAGAAAAUCAG